UUGCGUACCUUUACGUCCUCCGUCACGAGACCGACGCACGCACAGACGACAUAAAUCUCGCAGUGAUGGCUGCUCCUCCUGAUACGGAGAAUUUAGAGUGUCGCAUCAACAGAGCAACCAACCCACUGAAUAGGGAGACUGACUGGAGCAGCAUAAAUGCGUUCUGUGAACAGCUCAACAAUGAUUCGGAGGGACCUCAGCUGGCUACCAGGCUGCUGGCCCACAAAAUCCAAUCUCCGCAGGAGUGGGAGGCCAUGCAGGCUCUUGUGGUUCUGGAAUCAUGUAUGAAAAACUGCGGGAAGAAGUUUCACAGUGAAGUGGGCAAGUUUCGCUUUCUUAACGAGCUUAUCAAAGUCGUUUCGCCAAAGUACCUGGGUUCACGCUCUUCAGAGCCAGUCAAGAAGAAGGUCUUGGAAUUAAUCUACAGCUGGACGUUAGGGUUGCCUGAUGAGGCCAAAAUCUUAGAAGCUUAUCAGAUGUUAAAGAAACAAGGUAUUAUCAAACAAGACCCUGAACUACCCCCUGAUAAGCUACCUCAUGUUCCUCCACCUAGGCCUAAAAAUGCCAUUUUUGAAGAUGAAGAAAAGUCCAAAAUGUUGUCUCGCCUGCUGAACAGCUCGCAUCCUGAUGAUUUGAAGGCUGCAAACAAACUCAUCAAGGAAAUGGUCCAAGAGGACCAGAGGCGAGCAGAGAAGGUGUCCAAGCGUGAAGGCGCCAUUCAGGAGGUGAAGGAAAGCAUCAGUCUACUGACUCAGCUCCUGCAGGACUACGACGCCAACACUAUAAAUCAAAGCAACUCUGAGCUCCUACAGGACCUUUACCAACGCUGUGAAAAAAUGAGGCCUACAUUGUUCAGAUUGGCCAGCGAUACGGAGGAUAAUGACGAGGCUUUGGCGGAGAUCCUGCAGGCCAAUGACAGCCUAACCCACGUCAUCAAUUUGUACAAACAGCAGGUGAAAGGAGAGACUGUGAACAGCAACAACACGUUAAACACACAAAAACAGACAGGAGUUGGGUCGGCACUGCUGGAUUUGUCCGGGUUGGACACGUCACCCCAGUCGCCCCCCUCCUUUCCGGAACUUCCUACUCCAACUGACAGUCUCAACGCAACUUCGCAGGAAACUGGCGUCUCUCUGCUCGACGAUGAGCUCAUGUCUCUCGGUUUAAGUGAAGGAACAUACACGUCGAACCCUCACUCCCAGCCUGAAGAUUCCACAGCCUGGGACUCUUUCCAGUCGUCCGACAGCAUCGACGCAGACAUCCCGGCACCUCCUAGUCUCCUCCUGAGUCCGGACCCUCCUUCUUAUUCGCACCCCGUCUCUCCGGCGUCUGCUCCCAAAGGCUCGGUCCUGGAUGAACUUGACUUGUUGGGCAAGACGCUGCUGCAGCAGUCCCUCCCUCCUGAGGGAUUGCAAGUCAAAUGGGACAAACAGCAGGUCAAACCGACACUAAGAGAUCUACAGAACAAGUCUGCCUCUAACAUCACCCCGAGCCCAAUUCCGGUCUUUAACUCGGACCGAACAACGCGGCCCCUUACCUCAGGGGCCACCACCCGAGACAAAGAGAAUACAGACAUGUCCCUGGCGGAUGUUUUUGUACCGCUGGAAUCCAUUAAACCUAGUAGUCUGUUACCUGUGACUGUCUUCGAUGGCCACAGUUUGCGGGUUUUGAUCCACUUUGCCCGUGAUUCGCCCCCAUCUCGCCCCGACGUGCAGGUGGUGAUUAUCUCCAUGUUGUCAUCUGCUCCCGUGCCAGUCACGAACAUAAACUUGCACAUUUCUGCUCACAAGCCAAUAGCUGUAAAAUUGCAGCCUCCGUCUGGAACAGAUCUCCCGGCGUUCAAUCCCAUCCUUCCUACCGCUGCCGUCACUCAGAUCAUGUUACUAGCAAACCCGAACAAGGAUCGAGUUCAGCUGCAGUACAACUUGCGCUUCACGUUGGGCGAGCAGGACCACAGCGAGAGCGGCAAUCUCGAAAACUGGCCCGCUCCGGACACGUGGACGAAUCUAUAGCGUCGUUGAAAGCAACUCGACAGACUCUUUCCCACUCUUUAUAUUUUAACACUCCAUACCUGCUCUAAUUUUAGCCCCCCCCCCCCCUUCUUUUGACUCCUCCUGCUCUGUGUGUGCGCUUUGCUUUUGCCAACUGCUUUUAAACACCGCCUGUCCUUUUUUUUUCCCCUUUUGAAGACUGCGCUACAAAUCAACUGAUAUUCACUACUGCAUGUGCAAAAGUGCUUCUGUUCGACUGUAGAUUUUGAAUUUCACCCUUGCAUGCUCUGCCGUCAUAAAAUGCCAAUUCAGAAAGGACUUAAGCGUUAUCUCUUCUCAAAUCAAAACUGCUGAAUCACGGUUUUUGUCUCCAGUCAGACAGGACUUUCCUUUUUUUGUGUGUUAUGAAAAAAGAAGUACUGUGAAAAUUGGUGUGUAUUUUCUGCCAUAUGUGCCUCUCUCUAUUCUGUUUUAGCACAUCUGAAUGGAUCUGUUCUGUAAUACAUUGUUUCAUUCAACAGGUGUAUCUUUAUUUUUCUAACUCUUUCACUGCCACUAGUUAUGUUAGACAUCCAAUCGUUCGGCUCUUUAAUUAAAACUAUUUGAAUCCGUUUAUCACUAGUAGAUGUCCGAUCCAUUUGAAGUGGGA